UGUUUUUUUUUUUUUUUUGGGGGAUGGGUUUUUUUUUCUCUCACUUCCCCCGUUCGUCCUCGUGCUACUGUUUCACCCAAUCCCGCCAGUGCACACCUCCAUUGCCGCCUAGCCUGCUCUGUGUCGUGUGUCGCAUCGUGUCGUGUCGUGUCGUGUCGACCUCGCUGCGUUUGGCCAGAGCUGAUCGACGGCUGCAUUCGCUGCAGCGGCGCGAAAGACCGCAGGGCCAUUGAUCGACUGCAAAUUAGGCCCAGUAUUGAUUGAGCCCUCCGCAGGUACUCUAUAUGUUCGGCUGCCUGCCAUCUGGUCUGGCAUGCGUCUGGUGCUCUGGCGGAAGCUGAUCCAGAGCUAGUGUCGGCCCUAUUGGCCUCUCUCCCCUCCCUGGCUGCCAACAAUCCCACCCCUCCCCACAAGCCAAUAACCACCACAAAACAGCCUGACCGACAACAACACCCGCCUUCCCAACCCUCCCUUUGCCCCUCUACUACGCGCCCCCGGCCAGUCUGCCCGUUGACAGAUCGGCCGCCCUCGCCAAUCACUACUCCACCGAGCCGUUCAUUCCGCUCACAUUUUCCUUCCUUCUUUCUCACCAUCCUUCUCUGCCAGCGGCGGGGUUAGUUGCGACUUGGAUCUGGGCCACAAGCACUGCAGCCUUCGAAUCUCCUUUCUCAUCUCUCGCCCAGCUCCCUGUGAGGCCGACUCGGUGCCCACGACUCGGCGCGAUGGAUAACCAGGGCAACCGCCUGUACCUCAACUUUGCCAACACCGGCCCGUCCAACGACCGUGGUGCCUAUCCCACCACGCCCUCCACCUUCCCCCAGCCAGUCUUCCCUCCCUCGGGCCAGUCGCACAUCUCGUCGAGUCAGAGCCAGGGUGGUGCCCCGGCAGGCCAGCCCUACUCGACCGGCUACGCACCCUCGGGCUACUUCUCGCAGAACCAGUACCCGUCGCAGUAUCCCUCCCAGCCCCCGCAGGGCCAGCAGUCCAGCUCCGAAUACCAAGGCCGCUCUGGCACCCCGGGAACCAACGAUCCCAACACCGGCCUGGCCCACCAGUUCUCGCAGCAGAACCUGCGCACGCCCUACUCCUCCCGCGGCCCCUCUCCGGCACAGCGACCCCGGACUGCCGGCGCCCCCGGCCAGCCCCAGCCAUACCCUAGCUAUAUGAACGCGCCCAUGCCUGGCUCUGGCUCGCACCCGCCCAUGGAGUUCCAGCAGGCGCCGGAGCGCAAUCCGGACAAGUAUGGCCCGAACUCCAACAACAACCAGAAGAAGUGCGCCCAGCUUGCCGCCGACUUCUUCAAGGACAGCGUCCGCCGCGCCAGAGAGCGAAACCAAAGACAGAGCGAAAUGGAGGCCAAACUUUCCGAGCCGAACCAGUCGCAGUCUAGGAAAGAGCAGAUCUGGUCGACCGGAGGGCGCAAGGAGGGCUCGUACCUCCGAUUCCUCCGCACCAAGGACAAGCCGGAGAACUACAACACCAUCAAGAUCAUCGGCAAGGGCGCCUUCGGCGAGGUCAAGCUGGUGCAGAAGAGGGCCGACAACCGCGUCUACGCUAUGAAGUCGCUGAUCAAAACGGAAAUGUUCAAGAAGGACCAGCUCGCGCACGUGCGUGCCGAACGUGACAUCUUGGCCGAAUCAGACAGCCCCUGGGUCGUCAAACUCUACACCACAUUCCAGGACGCCAACUUCCUCUACAUGCUGAUGGAGUUCUUGCCUGGUGGUGAUCUCAUGACGAUGCUGAUCAAGUACGAGAUCUUUUCGGAGGAUAUUACUCGUUUCUAUAUUGCCGAAAUCGUGCUGGCCAUCGAGGCGGUCCACAAGCUGGGCUUCAUUCAUCGAGAUAUCAAGCCGGACAACAUCCUCCUCGAUAGGGGCGGGCACGUUAAGCUGACCGACUUUGGCCUGUCGACGGGCUUCCACAAGCUCCAUGACAACAACUACUACCAACAGCUGCUACAGGGCAAAUCCAACCGCUCCCGUGGCGAUCGCAACUCGAUAGCCAUCGACCAGAUCAACCUGACUGUUUCUAACCGAGCUCAGAUCAAUGACUGGAGGCGAUCGCGGCGGUUGAUGGCCUACUCCACCGUCGGAACUCCUGAUUAUAUUGCUCCCGAGAUCUUCACCGGACACGGCUACAGCUUUGACUGCGAUUGGUGGUCUCUGGGCACCAUCAUGUUCGAGUGCCUGGUCGGCUGGCCGCCAUUCUGCGCCGAGGACAGCCACGAUACGUACAGGAAGAUCGUCAACUGGAGACAGAGUCUGUACUUCCCGGACGACAUCCAGCUGGGCGCCGAAGCCGAGAAUCUGAUCCGGAGUAUGGUGUGCAACACGGAGAACCGUCUGGGACGAGGUGGCGCACACGAAAUCAAGAGCCACGCCUUCUUCCGGGGCGUCGAGUUCGACACGCUGCGGCGCAUCCGGGCGCCGUUCGAGCCGCGCCUCACGUCCAACAUCGACACGACCUACUUCCCGACCGACGAGAUCGACCAGACGGAUAAUGCCACGGUACUCCGCGCGCAGCAGAUGCAGGCUCAGGCCCGGGGCCAGGAGGAGACCCCCGAGAUGAGCCUGCCAUUCAUCGGCUACACCUUCAAGCGGUUCGAUAACAACUUCCGAUGAGCGUGCCUCGGCGGGGCUUGGUAAUUGCGUCUUUGCAAGGAAAUGGGGUCGUUCCCAAAGCGAGGGCGCCCUGGUUGUGGUUUUGGGGAAGCGCUAGAUCUAGAAGGCGAGAACAAAGCUGGGCACAAUAUUAUCAUGAAAUGCGCAGCGUCGGCACCCUGUUUCUGCCGCCGCACAGCCUUUUUGAGUUGGUCGCUUUCCGCAUUUACUGUAAUGUGGCAGAGAUUCGCCUUGGAAUAGAGGGUUGAUUCUAUGUGAAGGCAAGGCCCUGUGCAUGCGAACUGCUGAGCAGCUUUUAUAAGCAGGUGAUAUUGGUUUUUGUACAGUCAAAUAUGACAAAAAAUGGCAUUUGAGGCGUGGUCUUGUGGUAUCGUUAAUCUAGUUGUGUCUCAAGUCUCGAUGCGGACUUUACUCAAAAUGCC